AUGGGAAAUAGCAGAGAACCCCGCAUCCCAAAGACCGCGGAUUGCGAAGGCAUGCUGGUCUGCGCCCCGAAUACGGGUUUCAGAGACAACGCCAACAUCGGCCCCCAAGUGCUUACCCCAGAUGUAGCGGGAGAGACGUGGGGGGAGGGUAGGCAGACCAUCAUCCUCAGACAGACCCUCGGAGUCAGAUACAUCAGAGGGGAGCCCUGGCAGAAGGUCCAUCCUGACAACUACCGACCAGUCUACGGAUUGCCAGCCGAGACGGGGGGCCAACAAAGGCCACUGGCAAGCGAAUGCCAGCCCCAACUAGAAAUGGAGAGGAGAGCUGGCGAGCAAACGCCAACCCAUCCGGCGAAGUCCACGCCGGCACAACAACCCAACGCCGAAGACCGAGAAGAACUGAAGCAGGGCCGGGGCCAACAAAGGCCGCCGCCGCAAGCUGAUAAGCUCAUCGGGAACGAUCAAACGAUCCCUCAAAUGCCGCCCCCGGGGAUGAUGCAGAGUCACAAUGCUCUUGCUGAAGUCAAAGUUCUGGUCAUUGACGAGGCUGAUCUGGUCCGGCCACCGUCCAUCUAUGUCGCCAAGGAGUUCAUGCGCCGGAUUCCUUUCGGCAAGCUUUUGCUCGUGAGCGCAACCCACGAUCAGAAGACGCUCGAGCAUUACGGGAACAUUCUGACAUCGGACGGCGCGAACGCUGCCGAUGCGACGCACGACGCGGCGCUAGCCGACGCUCCGGACGUUGAUGGGAUGGGGUGGGACGAAGACGAAACAGGAGCGCUGCUGAACGAACGGGCGAAGGUUUUGGUAGUGGAGGCUGCAAAAACCGAAGCCUUCAACGUCCGGUGCCAUGAGGUCCGCUCGGGCAAUGUUCGGAUUGUGGAGAGCUUACUGAAGUGGAGCCCCCCCACUGAGGCGGCCUUGGAAGAGCUUCUGAAGCUGCCAAAGACCGAACGACUGCGCAUGGAGGAGGUCUUAGCACCUCACCUGUCGCGGAUGAAUCAGCGCUCCUUGCCCCUCUGUGCACGGAUCCACAGGGGCCUCGCGCCAGAGGACUCCAGCUUAAGCUUCAGCCAAGUCCUGGGGACUUUGCCCUUCAUCGCCCUAAGGCGGCAAAGCGAUCCAGGCCUGCGAGAGCAAUGGAGCCAGAAGUUACGAGAGGUCCUGGGCAAUGAAUGGUUCGAGGCGGCCAACAGGGAGGCCUUGACCGAAGAGCUACGAGAAGAACUGUUGAGGGCGUUGAGGCGUCCGUUGGACGUGGAGCUGGUGCGUGAGUUGCUCUUGGCCGGUGCCGACCUGCAAGAGACCACAUCCCAUGGAAGAUCGGGCGAUGGGGAAAGCGUGGAGGAGGACGAAAGCGUGGCAAAAAGUGAGGCGAGCGUGGGCAGCAUCAGCCCUUGGUGCCCGGUGCCCGAAGCCGCGCGGAGCUGCGGCGAGCUGCUGGCCAUGCGAGGCAACUUCAGCGAGGAGAUGGCCUCCAUUUUAACACCAGGCCAACUUCUGCCGGAGAACUUACGCCGGCGCCAGCGGUUGCUGAAGAUUGCUAUUUGGAGUUGCAACACCGUGCUGGUGCGGCAGUUCUUCUCCGAGUGGGGCAACCAACCCUUGCAUAUCUCUGCCUGGCGAGCCUUUCGCUACAUGACCGAUCUAGCCCGCCGCACGGAGAUGGAGGAGUUGCUCCUGCUCUUCGUGGCCCAACGGUCUUUGGAGACGGUGGAGGUCCCCUUAUGGGCCCUCAUCCAGAUCGGCCGCAAGAGCAUGGGAGCAGACAAAGCCAAGGCUCCGCCGGAGUUGAAGCAGAAAGUGGCUUCGACUGCGGCGAUGAUGCACCUGGAGGCCUGCUCGAAGCUCGAAGCGGCCUUUGCAGCUGAGGAUCCGUCCGCUUUUCCCAUGGAUGCCUUGGCGGCCAUCCACAAGUGUGCCGAUCCGGAGACGCGCUCAGCUUUCCAGGCCAUUGUGAGCGCUUGCAAAUCGGAGAGGCGUCCCUCCACUUUGAGCUCUUUGAUGAGGCGGAGCAAGCGCGCUGCCUCUCAAGAACUGCUCUGGGAGCUCCGCCGGGCCUUGUGUGAAAAGCGCACUCCUGAUAUGGCUUUGGCGGCUCGGCUCCUGGAGAGUGGUGCCACGAUGCGGCCCCGAGAGGGCUCCGAGGAAAGCAGUGAUGAUGAGGAGGGACGGCCUGGAGGGCCUCGCUUCAGCACCGACUUCGAUGAGAUGCCGCGGAACGGUUUGGACUUGCUGGCGCUCAACAGGUUUGCAGAUCCCAAGCAGCUGGACUUCGCCAUCAACAAGGCGGUGGAGUAUCAAGCGGACGUGAACCAGUCGGGCUACGAGAAACCAUUGACUCUGGCGGUGCGCGGCCGCAACUUGGCCGCUGUGAAUGCCUUGCUGCAUUUGGGCGCCACCGUGGACAAACAGGCCCUGUCAGCCUUGCGCACGAUCUCGGAUCGCCCAGUGCGGGAGGAGAUGGAGGACAAGUUCCUGGCGGCGGUCAACCGCGGGGAGUGCUCCCCGCAGCUCAAGCAGCUCAAGGAUGUGAGCUUGUGGAUCUUAGUGCAGAGUGGCAACGUGAAGGCGGCGAAGAAGCGCCUGCACGAACCCGGCGGUGUGCCCGUCGAUGCUGGCGUUUUGUUGGCCUUAAGGCGUUGUCGGGAUGCCAACACCAAGGAGGAGCUUCGACGCCUGCUCGUGGAGAAGGUUGGCGAACGCUCGGUGACUGUGGCAGAGUCCCAGGCGGCCACCUACGAGCUGGUCACGGAGAUGCGCGAGGCCUUCCUCGACGAGCGUGACCCACAGGAGGAGCUGAUCCAUGAGCUGAUUCUUCUAGGCGCCAACACCCAGGCCCGUGGGGUCGACUACGAGAGCUACAUCCUGGAUCUGGCAGAGGCCAGCGACUCAGAGGUCUCCGAGUCUGAUUCCUCGGGCUCCGGGUCGCACCUUGAGAUGUGA